AUGUCCUACUCAUCAACGGCAGUCCGUUUCUUCACCGCACCAAAGCCUCUUGGGAAUGCCAUGGAUCCCGACCCAGCCAAUAAAACGGGGGCAGAGUCCCAGGGACGUAAGGUCGUGAUACCAAAUGUAUCGGCCGAGAAGCCGUCCUCGGAGUCUGUGGAGAUUUAUUCGCCCAAGAAACAGGGUCUCACGUUCGCCAACCAAGACUCACUCCCAAAAUUGCCCAUCCCUGAUCUCGAGGAUACUUGUCGGAGACAUCUGGAUGCUCUCUCGGCCUUGCAGACCAUACGGGAACACGAGGAGACCAAGGCAGCGGUGAAGGACUUCUUGAAGUCCGAUGGACCGAUACUCCAAGAAAAGUUGAAGACCUAUGCCUCCUCGAAAACAAGUUACAUCGAGCAGUUCUGGUAUGAUUCUUACCUGAAUUUUGACAAUCCUGUUGUUCUCAACCUCAACCCAUUCUUCCUGUUGGAAGAUGAUCCGACCCCGGCUCGCAACCACCAAGUGACCCGCGCUGCUUCUUUGGUCGUAUCUGCUUUGUCUUUUGUUCGCGCGGUUCGCAGAGAAGAGCUGCCACCCGACACUGUGCGCGGCACGCCCCUGUGCAUGUAUCAAUAUUCUCGCUUGUUUGGAACCGCUCGGCUACCAACUGACAAUGGCUGCGUCAUCAGCCAAGACCCCUCGGCCAAGCAUAUGGUUGUUUUGUGCCGAGGUCAAUUCUAUUGGUUUGAUGUGUUGGACGAUAACAGCGACUUGAUCAUGACCGAGAAAGACAUCUCACUCAACUUACAUGUCAUCAUUGACGACGCGGCGCAGACCCCAAUUCAAGAAGCAGCCAAGGGAGCUGUGGGUGUCCUUAGCACGGAGAACCGAAAGGUUUGGUCGGGCUUGCGUGAAAUCAUGACCAAGGACGCCUCGUCCAACAACGCCGAGUGCUUGAACAUUGUUGAUACUGCCUUAUUCGUCCUUUGCCUGGAUGACACCGAGCCGUCAAGCACAGCCGAUCUUUGUGCUAACAUGCUCUGCGGUACAAGCGAAGUAAUCAAGGGCGUUCAGGUCGGUACAUGCACCAACCGUUGGUACGACAAGCUCCAGAUCAUCGUUUGCAAGAACGGCAGCGCUGGUAUCAAUUUCGAGCACACCGGCGUGGAUGGUCAUACUGUAUUACGCUUCGCCAGCGAUGUGUACACCGACACCAUUCUUCGGUUUGCCAAGACCAUCAACGGUCAGGCCCCAAGUCUGUGGGCUACUUCUAGCCCCGACCCAGCCAAACGGGAUCCACGCAGCUUUGGAAAUGUUAGCACCACGCCCCGCAGACUGGAGUGGGACAUGACCCCCGAACUGAAUAUCGCCCUGCGAUUCGCUGAGUCUCACCUGUCGGACCUGCUACACCAGCAUGAGUUCCAGGUCCUGGACUUCGAAGGUUACGGGAAGAAUUUUAUUACCUCCAUGGGAUUCUCGCCGGAUGCGUUCGUACAGAUGGCUUUCCAGGCGGCGUACUACGGCUUAUAUGGUCGUGUGGAGAACACCUAUGAGCCAGCCAUGACCAAAUUCUUUUUGCAUGGUCGGACGGAAGCUGUGCGCACCGUGACUCCAGAGGUUGUGGAAUUUGUCAGGACAUUCUGGGGCGAGAACCCAGCUGAGCAGAAAAUCGACGCGCUGCGCACAGCAACCCAAAAACAUACCGCAAUGACGAAGGACUGCUCUAAAGGCCAGGGCCAGGAUCGCCAUCUAUAUGCCAUGUAUUGCCUAUGGCAACGGUCGUUUGACGAAGCGUUGUUCCAGGACGGUAGCUCUGCGGGUAGCUAUUCCGGCCCCAGCGAGGGAGUUGAGUCCCCAAGGCUCUCAGAGACAUCUGACGACGGCUUGUCCUCGCCCGGCAGCGGCAGCAGCCGCGGACUGCGCGCCACUCCUCACACGCCAGCCAUCUUCAGCGACCCUGGCUGGGACAAGAUCAACAACACCGUCCUGUCGACCUCCAACUGCGGAAACCCCUGUCUGCGGCACUUCGGAUUCGGGCCGACCUCCGCCGACGGCUUCGGCAUCGGGUACAUCAUCAAAGACGAGUCGAUCUCGUUCUGCGCCUCGUCUAAGCACCGCCAAACUAAACGCCUGAUGCACGCUCUCGAGUCGUACCUCUUCGAGAUAAGGAAGCUUCUGCGAGCGACCAAUCGCAAGGCGACCAGUCCACGGACAAGCCGUGCGCGUGAGACUGAAAUGCUCUCUGAGCAACUGCAAACAGAUCAGCGACGGGGUCGGGUCGUUCGCGGAGAUAACCGUGGUGCUGACACACCUACGACCAUGACGGAUAGCGGGGAGAUGGACGAUGACGGGAUGGGCGGCUACGGGUUCUUUGAUGCUGGGAUGCUUCUUCAUGCCUUGAAGGGCGUCAAUGCACAGCGCGAGCGUGGUGAGAAACCGGCACGGCGAAGAUUUGUUGGAAAGAAACUUCAUCUCAAUGACUAUUGA